AUGGAGCCUAAGUUACGGUCUCCCAUUAAUCCAUUCCUGGGAUAUCAGCUGUACUUCAAAACUUCAAUGUGUACUCUGCACAUUCUGUCCAGCUGGAAUGGCAAUGCUUUUGCUGUUAAUCGCUCAAGCGUAUUAUAUUUCCCAAUUUUACAUAAAAGAUCAAUUAAGUAUAUAUUAAAAACUUCAAAUAUAAUGUUGGUGGGAGGACAGCUUUAUCUUCUCAUUUCUUUUGUUUCUUCCUGGGAUUUACUGAUCGAUGGUAGCGUAAGAAUUAUCUCAAAGAAAGGAGAUAUAAACAUAGCAGUAUUUUUAUCUUUGUGUCUGAACAGAAGAUUAAACGUAGAUUCCCUGUUGAUGUUGGAAGCUAUCGAUUCGCAAACAAAUAGAAAUAACCUGUUUUUAAAACUUCUUCUUCAAAGGAGAAAGAAUGGUGGAAUAACAUCAGGCUACGUGAUUUACGAUACAUGCGGUGAAUCUGAAAACGCAAUAAAAGAUGUUUUUGAAAUUGGUUUGGAGCAUGUAAACACCUUGUCCAGAUGUAACCGUAGUUGCUGUGCUGCUUAUCCUUCGCGUAAGGAUGAGAUACUCGUAUUAGCUAACUUGCGAAGAGAUGAAUCAUCUUUGUUAAUGAAUUUAUUACUAGUUGCGAACAAACCAUUUGUUGCACUAUCUCGUGACAACUGGCAUUAUCAUUAUGAUCAAUCCAAUAAAGGCAAUUAUAGAUCACAUGCUCAAAACUUUGAUGUGUUUAAAGUAUAUGUUAAGAUUAUAAAAGAGAUGAAAUGGAAAAAUUUUGGUCUAAUUUAUUCUAAUAACUCAUAUGGCGUAACAGGGUAUUUAAGGUCACUGGAUAUAUUUAAGAAGAAGUACUUUUGUUUCAGUGCUUAUUACAUGUUUACUAGUGGUACUCAUAAUAAAAGUAAUGACGCUGUAAUGAAAACACUUAAGAGGGAUUCAUACAUUGAUGUUGUUAUAUUGUGGCUAACAGUUGAAGAUAGCAUCCAUUUCUUUCAUCUAGCAAAAGAAUUUUCAAUAUUUAACAGAACUUGGUUAGCAGGUCCUGCCAUUUCAUACCUUCCUUCAUAUUAUUUUCGGUCGUUUGAACCAUUUGUGAUACAAGGAAUGAUAAUCGUCAAAAGAGAGACUGUUUCAAAUCCCAAAUAUUUACUAAGACCGAGAAAUGUAGCCAAAUGGGGUAAAAUUACCAAUACUACAACUUUGCAGGGUCUUAACAAAACACAUUUGGAGUCUUUGGCAGAACAAAUAACACCGCAUACCAUUGAUUUGCUGGAUGAUACUGUGACUACUCUAAUGAUAUUUCAACAAGACAUUAGGAAACAUAUCCUCAAGCAUUACUCAAAACCUAAUAGCUAUAUUAUUAACCAAAUUCAAAGGCAUUCCGUGAACUUUAAACCAACUCAAUUAAAUUUGGCAGAAAUACAAAUUUUACAAAUCAAUAAAAUAAAUCGGACAGUAAAUUUUGCAACUGUCGCCACUGUGGACACUCGUGAUGUAGUAGUGCGUAUCUCUAAAAUCGGAAAAAGUGUUUGGGCAGGAUACAAAGACACAGCUCCGGUAUCAAACUGUCACGAUAUUUGUCAGGCAGGCUUUGAGCCUAUCUAUACAAAUAAAAAAUGUUGCUUUAUAUGUGAAAAAUGUGAGGAACGUUAUUAUAAGCCAAGCCAUGGCAAAUCAAAUUGUUUAAAGUGUCCUUCUGAUACAGAAUCAAACACAAAUAGAACGUUAUGUUCUCCUUAUACGAACAAAUACAUUACAUAUAACUAUAAGGAAGCUUAUGUUGUACUAACCUUAAUGGCAGUUGGUGUAAUCGUUACCUUAAUGUUUGUUAUUUUGUUUAUAAGGCAUAAAGCAACACCAGUUGUUCGUUCAUCUAUUUUUUCGUUAUCCAUAACUCAGUUAUUUACUCACCUUAUUCUCUUUUUCGCACCGUUGGCAUCAAUUGGUCAGAUAAAUGACACAUCUUGCAUAAUUACACUAGUGAUGCAAGGUCAAUUAAUAUGCUUUCUGUUAUCAAUCAUAUUCUCAAAAACCAUGUUCCUUGUAGGUGUUUUCCAAAGCAAAACAGUGCUUGCACGUUCCACUAUAGUAAGAUCUUUUCAACAUGUCUGGCUGUUAAUCAUCCAAAUAGUUUAUGGAUUGAUUGUCACUGCUGCUCUUUAUUAUUCACCAUAUGGUAUUACUCACGUGAAAAACAAAGACACGCUUGUUAAUGAACUAAUAUGUGAGAAUUUUACUCUGAUGGUAUCUCAAUUUACUUUUAUAUUACUUCUCACCGCUGUUUGUAUGGUUCAAGCCUUUCGUGCACGACAGCUACCUUCGUAUUACAAUGAUGGAGGAAAGAUACUAUACGCAUCAUUUGUCGUCAUCCUAACAUUAAUCAUAGCUGCAUUGUUGCAUCCAAGUUUAAAAGGCUUCAAUUAUAAAUUUCUCCAUUUUCAGCUCCUUACCUGGCUGAUAAAUUCUUGCAUUUUGUUUUUUAUGUUUGCAUUUAAAGUAUGGAUAAUUAUCUUUAAGCCCGAAAAAAACAAUAUUCGAGCAUUUAAGAAAGUAUUGUACAAUAACACAACAGAGAGAUAUUGUUUUGGUGACAGGACCGAAGAUUUACCAAACCACCCCACUGGUUUAAAGCAUGUAAACAAGUUGGGCGUAUCAUGUAUAAAGGAAGCUAUCCUGUGUAAACAUAAAUGGAACAAACACAAGAAACGUACAGCAGUAAAAGUAGAGCGAGUACUGACAGUAUUGAUAAAAUAG